AUGUCAGACCACAAUCUUAUCAAUCCAAUGAAAACAUACCUAAGUCUAAUAUUAGGGCAGAAUUGGUCCCUUGAGACACAUAACUGGUCAGAUAAGGGAAAUACUCCACUUCAUUUUGCGGUGGAGGUGGGAAAUGCCGAGCUAGUAAAAUUAUUAGCAUGCCGUGAUAAAGCGAACUUCGAGGGCAAUACAGCAUUGUAUCUAGCGAUAGAAAAGGGCAAUCAGGAUAUCAUAUCCUCUAUACUUUCUAGACCAGAAUACAAGGAAGCAGCGCUAAGUGCAAUAUCCACUAACCGCAGAGGGGAAUCUGCACUUCAACAUGCCAGAACAAAGUCGUCAUUGGAGAAUGUUGUUGAAACAAUUGAAAAUUGUCUCAGAAAGACGGCUGGACUCACCUUCAUCGUAAAUCCGCACAAUAUUACAUGUACUGACUCUAGCAAAUUCGACAUUGAGCUAGUGAAAGGCGCUAUCAAGGCUAAGGAUGCGGACUUAUUCCAACACUACAUUUCUCUCAAUGGAUGGCCAGAGUUACUACUCAGAUGGCAAGACCCUGACACCCACAAUACAAUAUUGCAAUGGAUGUUGGAAUUUAAUUUUCUCAUUAACAAUGACACUGUCUAUGAAUCCGAUAGUGACACGAAUUUUAACAUAAACUCUGACGUUGUCACGGCUACACACUACUACAUGGCGAUGAUUCUCCUCGACUUUGCGGAUCAAAUAAACAAUUUCAAAGGCUUUAUCAACCAUCCUAAUAAGGAUAUGGAGACGGCGGAACACAUAGCCAUAAGAACUGAUCAGAUGUUUUAUCUAGACCUCUUUCAUAGUAGAGGAAGCGAUAUAUACGCUAGGGAUAAGGAUGGCUAUAACGCUCUCUAUCGUGUUUUAACAGUAAAAACGCUACGUGACAUCACUCAGGUGGAUUCAAUAUUAUGUCUAGACAAAUAUUAUUCGAAUAAUCCAGGAAAGAUAGCUGGAAGGAUUAGUAACCCAAAUCAUAGGGAUCUGAUAGGGACUAAGGGCAAUGACGGGAAAUGCGCUCUUCAGCUGGCCUUAGAAAAUCGCGAGGAUGCCAAACAGCUGGUCCAGGAGGGAAAUAUUUGGUACCCACUACGAGCUAGUGAUUGA